AUGUUCAAUCAUCUCAUCAACCAUUUGAUAAUCUUACUUGUUUUAAUUACCUAUAUAAGUAUAAUGUAUUGGACAUUGAACAAUAAUGAUGUUAGUUACACGAAGAAGAAAGAAAUAUGCUGUAAAUAUAAAUUGGAUAUAACUGAAAAAGGAAUAAAUAAUGAAAUUAUUGUUACACAUAUUACUCAUAUACAACGUUUAUUUCCAUUUGAAUCAAGAAAUUCCAUAGAAUAUAAUAAUCAAAAAGCCACAACAUAUAUGAAAAAUGUCUAUGAUUACAUUAUCAAACAAUUAUGUCAAUUUCAUAAAGAAUUAAAUAAAACUAUUAGCAGACAUGAAUGUUGUAGAAUGAACGUUGAUUAUAAUUAUUGUUUGAAUGAAUUGAAUUCACUUGGUUCAAUGCCUAAAGUGUACAGUCAGAAGAAUUCAUCAACAGAUCAACUACCGGAUACACCAUCAAAGUAUAAUUUAUCCCGCGUUUAUAAACAUAAAUAUGAAAGUAUGAUUUACGAAUGUGAAAUUUCACAGCCAAAUUGA